CGCAAAUCACCGAAGCUUAAUCAUCGAACAUUCCUUAGUUCCCAAGAAAGUCAGAAACCCUAAACCCCUUUUACCUUUUCGAGUUUUAUUCUUCAGUUUGCAGAUUAAUUUGUUUAGGUUCUCAAUCAAAGCAAAUUACAUGAUUGACCCAGACGUUCAGAUCGCAACUACUGUUGACCCUCUAGCUGACACAGGAGAUAUAUACGGCACGCCCCUAGCUCCUUUCGACCCUUUUAAUGACCCUUUUAGAGACACCGAAGAGCCAGAUGCGCUUGGAGCCAAGGAGUAUGUGCAUGUUCGAGUGCAGCAGAGGAAUGGAAAGAAGUGCCUGACAAUAGUUGAAGGGCUGAAGGAGGACCUGGACUUCAAGAAGAAGCCUAAGGAUCUGAAAAGGGAGUUCUGCUGCAAUGGCAAUGUGGUUGAGGACAAAAAGCUCGGCAAGAUAAUUCAGCUCCAAGGCGAUCAGCGCAACAAGGUGCUUCAGUUUCUUGUUGAUGCUAAUAUUGCCGACAAGGAGCGGAUCAAGAUUCAUGGUUUUUGAGGGCGCUUGGAGUUACUAGUAGUGUGCUGUUAGUUUCUUCGAUAGACUUCUCUCUCCUUGUAGGAGUUAUAUUUUGAUGUUUGUUUCUGUUUGAUGCUUUUUGGUAGUUGAUGGGGAUUUCAGAUGAUGAAUGCUGUGAGACUUUAUUAUUAAUAAAUUUGCUUUUGUGUUUCAAAA